UGGAUGUAUUUGGAUGUAUUUGGACGUAUUUGGACGUAUUUGGAUGUAUUUGGAUGUAUUUGGAUGUAUUUCCCUUUUUCUUUCACCUCAUACUUGCUCCCGAAUGCCGGUACUAUGUGGGAAUGCACAUAGGUAAGAAAGAGACUGGAAUCCUGGAAUCCCACAGUGAAGACCAAGAAGAGGCAAAGGGGGACAGGUUCGACCAAACUUUCCGUUGGAGUCCUGACAUCUUAUGACACUGAUAAAGAGGAAGUGUGGCGUCCGUGACGAAAGGACCAGAGAUUAGGGGAGCGCCGAUGGAUCGGCCCCAGAUCGGUAUCGGCCGUUAUCAGUUAAAAAGGACAGUGUCGACAUCGGCUGAUAUUUGCUUUAAAACUCCGAUCCCCCUCCACCGAUCAGUUCCGCCCCCGCUGCAGCAUCCAGAACGGAGCAUGCCCCCCAUGUGCGGGACUUCCAGUCUUUGAGAGAGUGAUAGUUCUGCACCCUGCAAUACGUGCCUCAAAACUAGGAGAUUGGUUUGCUGUGGGACCCCUGGAGGGAAAAGAAGUUCAUAUUGUAUAUUCCAUCCUUUAUUCAUUCAUACAUUCCACAGGUCUUAUUCAAUCAUAAACCAUCACAUUCACUUUCAUCUGUUGAAAUUGCUUCUGAAAAAGGGACCCAAGCACAUGUAGCCCAUGUUUUACACUUUUACACUUUUACACUUUUACUUUUACAGCAAACAUAAAAUAGGGUGCGUGUAUCAAAAACAGUCUGGCCCCCCAACCUCAUUCAUCAUCCUUUCACUCUUUGUGCUCGACCCCCAGUGAGAGGCUGACGUAGAGCAUCUAUGACACGCAUACUUGGCCUGGGAGGAAAGAACCCACAAAAGCACAGGGACAACAUCCCCGCCCACGUUCCAUGGCCUUCCGCUGCCUUCACUCAUCGCAUUUCUCCACACCGACGUCCUGCCUCCCAAAAGCCCUCAGACUAGCUAGCAUGCUAACAUGCUCACAAUCCCAUGAGCAUGCGCAUACACAACAACAAACAACAAAACCUUCCCUGUCACACUCACUAGCCAUGCUGGUGUCCGUCACACGACAAACAGGAAGUUUGACACUGCUGCACUUCCUGUUUGGAAUGCUCCUGCUUCAUCCUGAGGGGGGUGUCACUCUGGAGAUGCUUCCACUCGCCAGCCAGGUUCUACUCAGCCCUCACUCAAACUUUACUGUGGUAUGUUCUGGCUGGGGUCAGGUGUCAUGGCGUUUGCCUAGACAGGAUUUCCAUGAUGACGGGAUUGUGGUGGACUACCAGAAAUCCAGAAGCGUCCUGCAGCUCUCCAAUGCCAGCUGGAGGAAUUCUGGGAGAUAUGCGUGUGAGGAGUCCUCGUCCAAUCAGAUCAGACAGAUGGACAUCUUCAUCCCAGGACGAGGUCCAGACGAAUGGUUUGUUCCGCUUGGUCCAGGUGUGGUGAUGAAGGAGAAGGAGGAAGACACAAUUCCGUGCGUCGUAUCCGACCCGCUUCUGAACGUCAGCCUGUACGAGCGUGGAGACACAAUUCCACUUCCUGGAAUGAAGUACGAGCCUGCUCACGGCUUCACGGGUCACCUGAAUGACUCGUCGUACGUGUGUGUGGCGUCCAACGGUUCCGAGCAGACCCAGUCACAGGUGUACUACGUUUUCAGCAUUGUAGUCGCCAAGGAGAUGCAGGUGGACUUGAUAGCUUCCAGCACAGUGUUGAAGCGAGGAGAACCUCUUACUGUCAACUGCACGGUCCAAGACACCGAGAUGGUAUAUUUCUCUUGGGACUUCCCACGCAAGAAGGAAAUCGAGCCACUCACGGAAUUUCUGCCCAAUGAAAUUCGUUCCUUUGUUAGCAUCCCGGCAGCAAGGCAGUCAGACUCUGGUGUGUACGCAUGCUCGGUGCAGGAAACACUUCAAGGGCGAACUGUGGAAAAGAACAUGACUGUAACUGUACUGGACGGAGGCUACGUUUUGGUGCGCCCGUCACAUGACACCAACAUGUCAUGUCUCAUCUACCACACGGUAGAGCUCCGUGUGCUGGUGGAAGCCCACCCUCCCCCCACUAUAGUAUGGACCAAAGACAAGCAGGGUGUCGUCACGGAAACAAGCUCAGUAUCCAUCACACACGUGGCAGGCAGCAGCUACGUGAGCACGCUGACCGUGCGGCCAGUCCGUCUGAAUCAGACAGGAUGUUACACCGUGACCGCUUCAAACCAGGAUGCCCGAGAUGAGGUUGUCUUCCACCUGGAGGUCAAAGCACCCCCAAAAAUAACCUUGCUGACGGAGUCGAGCAGCCAGGCCAUGCUAUGUGUCAGCGAAGGCGCCCCGCCCCCUUCUGUCACCUGGUUCACAUGUCACAGUGCGGAUGGGUGCGCUAACGGGACAGGAAGCUGGAGGAGCCAAUCCGCUGCCUCCGAGGGUGUGGUGCUGCAAGAGAGCAUCACUGUCAUGGCGGACGAGGGUCUAACCCAGGUGCGCAGCGUGCUGACUCUGCAGACUCCAGCUUCCUUCUUCGCCGUCCGCUGUGAGGCCUCCAACUCUGCCGGUAGACGAGCCAGAGACCUUCGCCUGGUAUCGGCUUCUCUUUUGUCUCAGGUGGCCAUGUUGGCGCCGAUUCUCAUUCUGGUCGUCAUCGCCAUCAUCUUCCUCAUCAUACUCAUCAUCCUGUGGAGAAAAAAACCUGGAUAUCAAGUUGGUUGGAGGCUGAUUGGUUCUGUGAGUCCUGAUGGACAAGACCGCACCUACCUGGACCCCGCCCUCCUGCCCUACAGUGCCUCGUGGGAAAUACCAAGAGAAAACGUAGUAUUAGGUCAGGUGCUGGGUUCAGGUGCUUUUGGUUGCGUCAUGGAAGCCACCGUUCCUGGUCUGCUCACAUCCCAGACGCUGACCAAGGUGUCUGUGAAGAUGGUGAAAGCCAACAGAGGUGCUCAUCAGUCUUUGUUGUCGGAGUUGAAGGUUUUGUGUCAUCUGGGUCCUCAUCUGAACAUCGUCAACCUGCUGGGCGCUUGCACCACAGCAGGUCCUCUCUAUGUGAUCACUGAGUUCUGUUGCCAUGGAGACCUGCGGACUUACCUGCAACGCCACAGACACGCCUUUGUACAUAACGACACACACGCCGAGAGAGAGGCUGAUGGAGGUUACAUGGACAUGAACCAGCAGGAGGAGCUUAUCGACGUGCAUGACAACGUGCACCGCCUGGCAGGCCAGCAGGAGGCGUCGCCGCUCUUCCUCAGUGACUCUGCUGUCCUUGAACCAAAGGACCUCCUCAGCUUCUCCUACCAGGUGGCCCGCGCCAUGGACUUCCUGUCCUCCCGUAACUGUGUCCACAGAGACCUGGCAGCUAGGAACGUUCUGGUGUGUGAGGAGGGGCUGGCCAAGGUUGGCGACUUGGGUCUGGCUCGGGACCUACUGAAGGACGAAAACUACGUAACCCGAGGACAUCAGACCUUGCUGCCACUCAAGUGGAUGUCCCCAGAGAGCAUCUUCCAAAAUACUUACUCCUCCCAAAGUGAUGUGUGGUCCUACGGAAUUCUGCUGUGGGAGAUCUUCUCUUUGGGUGAGAGUCCAUACGCAGACCUUACCACGACCCAGGAAUUCUACUCAGCGCUGAAGACGGGACACCGCCUGACACGACCACAACAAGCCAACUCCAACAUUUACGGCAUGAUGAAGGCAUGUUGGAGCGAGUGUCCUGGGUCCAGACCGCUGUUCUCGUCCUUGGUGGCCUCUUUGGACCUUAUGUUGUCUGAGGACUACAGGAAGAUGUACACUAGGCUGAUGGAUGCCUUCCUGACACGCAAACAUCCGGCUGUGGUUCCAUCCGUACUGGUGCCCACACUCGCCGAGGGAUCCACGGACAUGAGCAGAAGUCCCAGCCCCAAAAUGACAGUCGACCUGGAGGAGGCCGGUCCUUCUCAUGGCGUUUUCAUCACUCCUGUCAGCAUGGAGCUUCAUGGCGAUGCUGCGCGGGAUGCAGAAAGAGCUGAAGAACAGGAAGUGACAUCAGCAGGCGGAGAUUUCUGUCCGCCAUUCAUUCAUCUGGACUCUGAUUUGCUACUGAAUGGCUCCGAAGUGGUCUUGACCGCCGGUUCUGCCUUCAGCCUCAGUUGCAAUGGCAACGCUUCCGUCCGCUGGUCCACCACUGCAUUUCGUCCACUGCCUGAGCAUCGUGACGUGCUGGAGGUCAGGCGCUCCACACCCAGGCACACCGGGACAUAUCGCUGUUCCUACAUCAACCGGAGUCUGGACCACGCGCACACCCAGAUCCACCUUUAUGUCAAAGACCCGUCCGACCCGUCCAGCGUCUUUGUCACGCCUCGCAUGACCCCCAGUGUCAAAGAGGGCGACGACUUCCUGUUCAGGUGUCUGCUGACGGACCCGUCGGUCACAAACCUCACCCUCCAAUCAGACUACCAGGAUGGGCGGCAGGCCCAACAUCUGCCCAGGGGCAUGAACGUGACCUUUGAUCCCCACAGAGGAGCCCUCAUCCAUAAGGUCCACAGGAGCUUCAAUGGACGCUACGUCUGCUCGGGCUGGAAACUUGGCACACAGUUCAGAUCCAAAACCCUUGACCUGCUGGUGGCACCAAGACAACGUCAUCCUCCCCACGUGUCUGUCAAUCAGAGGAUUUUUUUUCAUCUGGAAGGAGAAACAUUUGAGGUCACAUGUGUGACCAGUAACCCCUCCCACGUCUACACUGUCACCUGGACACACCCCCAUGUGCAGGCUCCAAAUAUUACAGUGACGCGUCGCUACAGCAACUGGCUGCAAAUGAACAGCACGCUCAGCGUUGUGGGUGUGACUCGGAGGCACGAUGGACGUUACGCAUGUACGGCUCACAAUGAGGCCGGACACGCGACGGCAGCGGCAAGGCUGAGCGUCUUAGACGCUCCCUUCCUGAAGGUCUUCCUGCAGCAGCGUGCCGACAGCCGGAUGGCGCUACAUGCUAAUGCUAGCAGCCAGUCAAUGAAAGAUGAAUGGGAACUGCUCGCUAAUGUUAGCGCAGAUGCAGCGUACCCUAAUGUCGUCAGCCGCAGCAGCACGGUGGGCGUGCUAGAGGGCGGAGACAUGAUGUUGACCGUCGCUGUGGAAGCAUAUCCACCAAUCAGGAACCUGGACUGGGUGACACCGACAGAAGUGCAGAAGACCCAGAGCUUUGACACCUACAGGUCGCAAAGCAGCCUGCUGUUCCAUCGUGUCCAUCGUGAGGCCAAAGGUCGUUACACGCUGCGCUUGGCUAACUCUUUCUUCAAUGCCUCCCUGAACUUUGACCUGAGAAUUCUCCGCGCCCCGAGCAGUCUCAUCACGGUGCAGAACGACACCCUGACCUGCAGCAGCUCAGGCUUCCCCCCUCCCACCAUCCUUUGGGUCACCUGCAGCGGCCUCGUCUGGACGUGCGGCAACAUCUCCACCGAUCAAGUUGAUGAUGUCACAACACUGGAAAGGGAGGAGUUGACAAAGCACCUCCCCCUCCCUCGGCCAGCGGCCCAUGAUGUCACCAUCGAAUGUGUCUCCUUUAACAGCGUGGGACGCUCAUGUGACACCUUCUUGCUUCGAGGUCAGAGCGUCCUCACGCAGCCUUUUGUCACUGCGUCCGUUGUCGCCAUGGCGGCGCUGUUGUUGCUUCUGCUGCUUGUCAUCUGUAGGAUGAAAACGAAACCAAAAUACGAAAUUCGCUGGAAGAUCAUCGAGAGCUGUGACGGGAACAACUACACCUUCAUCGACCCCAACCGGCUGCCUUACAAUCUCAAGUGGGAGUUUCCCCGGGACAAGCUCCGCCUCGGUGCUGUUUUGGGCUCUGGUGCGUUCGGAAAGGUGGUGGAAGCCACGGCGUACGGCCUCGGGACAGAAGAUAUCACCCGGGUGGCCGUCAAGAUGCUCAAACCGAGCGCCCACCUGGAGGAGCGGGAAGCUCUCAUGUGUGAGCUGAAGAUUCUCAGCCAUCUCGGUUACCAUGACAACAUCGUCAACCUCCUGGGAGCGUGCACUCAAGGAGGCCCCAUGCUGAUGAUCACUGAGUACUGUUGCCAUGGCGACCUGCUCAACUUCCUGCGUCUGCACACCCCGGAUUUCAUGGCGGCCAUCUUGAACUCCGACACAAAAUACUCCAAUGUGACGAGUCAGGACGUCAGACACAGGAGUGAUAGCGGAAUCUCGUGUUGUUCGGAGUAUCAAGAAAUGCAAUCAGUACUUUCCCACUCAGGUGGGCACGUGGAGCGUUUGUCUGUCAGUGACCUCAUAAGGUUUUCCUACCAGGUGGCUCAGGGUUUGGACUUCCUGUCAACACGAAAUUGUAUCCACAGAGACGUUGCAGCAAGGAAUGUUUUGCUAACGGACCACCACGUUGCAAAAAUCUGCGACUUUGGUUUGGCCCGAGACAUCCGCAAUGACGACAGCUACAUUGUCCAGGGGAACGCACGCCUCCCGGUCAAGUGGAUGUCUCCAGAGAGCAUCUUCCAGUGUGUUUACACGGUCCAGAGUGAUGUCUGGUCUUAUGGAGUCCUGCUGUGGGAAAUCUUCUCUCUAGGUAAGAGUCCUUACCCCAAUGUUGCCGUGGAUACCAACUUCUAUAGAAUGAUCAAAGAUGGAUGCCACAUGGAUCAGCCCGACUUUGCUCCAGCACAAAUGUACCAGUUGAUGACUCAGUGUUGGAAUUUGGAGCCAAGCGACAGGCCAACAUUCAGGAUGAUUGGUCAGCUGAUUGAAAGGCUCCUCCCCUGCGGCAACAAGUCGGGUGAAAGUGAGCAGCCAACGUACAAGAAUAUAGAUGAGUGUGGAGAAGAGGAAGAGUACGAGGAAGUGGUCCGAAGUGGAGCGUCGCUGAAGGGGGAGGAGCAAAAUGGCGGCCAGGAAGCCGAGGCGGCAAAGAGAAUGAAAAACAUCUACCAGCUCUCCUGAUGGUCUCCACCAAUCCUGUUCUUGUGGUCACAUGACAGGAAAUCAAUCACCUUUGAUGUCUUCUCAUCUGUCAUCAACAAACCACCUGAGCAAUCCUUGGACCUCUGUGAGCACCUUCAGACGUGCACGCUUGUAGCAUCACACCUUUCCAAACCCUGAGAAGCUAAGCUGGUCUGGUGCUUCUCAGUUGACUCGGGAAUCCGCACGUAUGCUUCCCUGCUCUCCAUUUUGUUGCACGUUCUUGCUUUCAAGUUCACGUUCAGUGUCUGUACAAAAGACACAAUUAUAAAUAUCAUCACUUUCUCUAGUAUUUCAAAUCGGUUGGGAGGGCGGGGGGGAAUUCUGUCCCUUGGGCGUGCAUGACAGAAAAUAACGAGAAGCUAAGCUAGUCCACCUCCCAUUCUGUGCUGUUUUGGAUAUCCACCUCACAUCAUGGAACUAUUUCAUCCAAGUCAUCUGAAUCUUGGAGGAAACACCUAGUGAUCAUUUCUUUUCUGUCGUCACCAGUUUUAAUUUUGAUGAAUUAUGAACUAUGCAUACUUGUAUGUCCUUAUUUUAGCUGUCCUGGCAUCAUUUCCUGCUGGGAAUGUAACUGAAAGUGAUGCCACAUUUGCUGUAUGUGUUGACUUUUCUCUAAAUAAAAACAACAGAAGAAAACAACCGGCAGUCUCUGUCG